AUGGAUCUGAAUCUAUUUGGUGGGGCCCCACGCUUUCUAACUCGACCUAAGGCCUUCUCACUGAGUGUGGGACGAGAUGCCUCGCUGAGCUGUACUAUCGUGGGAAACCCUGUGCUUGCUGUUACCUGGGAGAAAGACAAACUUCCUCUCUCCACAUGGGGACGUUUCAAAUCAGUUGAGGAUGGCGACAUUUACCGACUCACCAUCUACGAUGUAACUCUAGAAGACAGUGGUCAGUAUAUGUGUCGUGCCAAAAACAAUGUUGGAGAGGCGUAUGCAGCUAUGACACUGAAGGUGGGGUUGCCACCAGCUGUUGUAGACCAUGCCCCAGUGUUUACCGUGAAACCUAUCUCCACCCGCGUGGGUCUGGGAGGUGACGUUACACUCUAUUGCCGUGUGUCAGCCCAUCCAGCACCCAACUUUGACUGGGAAAAAGAUGGCCGCUACCUGGGUGAGACCAACCGCAUCAAGAUUACCUCAGACACCGAAUCCACCUCCCUGAGGAUCCAGAGUGUUAGGAGCAUGGACAGUGGCACGUACACCUGCAGCGUGCAGAACUCCAUUGGUCGAGCUCAGUCUGCCGCAGCUCUGGUGGUGGACCUUCAAGACACUCGUCUACUCAACGCAGACAAGAGCACUUCCCUCCUCUCACACAUGCAGAGGCGAAAAGAAGAAAUGAAGAAUGACAUCUCUUUCUACCGCACCAUGGAAAGCUCCUCCACCUCACUUACAACCUCAUCCUCUAACAUCACAGAAGAACUCGGCAGCUUGGGGCUUGCCUGUAAUCAGGAACAGAGGGUGUCAGCCUUAGCGAGCAUGUUGCCCAAAGGUGUGUUUACCCGCACAUGUACAGUGACAGAGGGUAAACAUGCCAAGCUUAGCUGUUUCGUCACAGGCCACCCCAAACCACAGAUCAUCUGGAGAAAAGAUGGGGUCAACAUCAGUGAGGGUCGCAGACACGUUAUGUAUGAGGACCAGGCAGAGAAUUUCAUCCUCAAGGUGCUGUACUGCAAGCAGAGUGAUAAUGGCCUAUACACAUGCAAUGCAUCCAACAUGGCUGGACAAACCUACAGCGCUGUGCUAGUGAUUGUCAAAGAGCCAAAGAUUCCAUUCAAGAGGAAGCUUCAGGAUGUGGAGGUGAAGGAAAAGGAAACAGCGACUCUGCUGUGUGAGGUACCACUGUCGAACACCCAGGCCAGCUGGUACAUGGAGGAGACUCGUCUGGAGGAAAGUGUCAAGUACCGCAUGGAUGAGCAGGGCACCCUGCGUCGCCUCACUAUUCACAAUGUCACCACUAAUGACGAUGCUGUCUACAUCUGCGAGAUGAAGGAAGGCAGCCGCACUGUGGCCGAACUUACAGUACUGGGCAACAUCACUAAAAAGCUGCCUAGGAGGACAGUGGUGCCAGUUAGCGAUACUGUGAUCUUCUGUGUGGAACUAGAGCAACCAGUAAAUGAUGCACACUGGACCAGGAAUGGGGAGAGGCUAAAGGAGGACUCUCGAAUUAUCAUUGGCCAUAUAAACAGACAGUACUCCCUCACUAUUAGGGAAUGUACCGCGGAGGACUCGGGCGAAGUGGCCUUCAUCGCUGGUGACUGCAAAACCUCGACUCGCUUCUCUGUCACUGCACCAAGGAAACAUCCCCCAGAUCCCCCAGUUGAGCCAUUGGUGCGGAACAAGACAGAGUCCUCUGUCACAUUGUGCUGGUCUCCGCCAAACAGUGAACGGCCUGUGCCCAUCUCUGGGUACAUUGUGGAACGUAGGAAAGUGGGAGCCCAAACCUGGGUGAAAGUCACAAGUACAAUUGUGUCUAGAACUGAAUACACCAUCAGUGACAUCCAUGAGGAGGCGAGCUACCAGUUCCGUAUCUCAGCAGUCAAUGAUUUUGGUCAGAGUGCCUACUUGGAGAUCCCUGGAACGUUCUACCUUGAGCCCACAGCGUCAGUAAAGACAGGCCUGGUGAGCUGCAGUGCACAUGCCGGAGAAGAAGCCACCUUCAUUGUGGAGCUUUCAGCCGUAUGCUCAGGCUCCUGGUCUAUAAACGAACAAAUGAUCCGUAGUGGAUCUGAAUACCUGAUCACACGUUCAAAGACCACACACUCGCUGGUCAUCAGGGAGGUGUCUAUGGUGCUGGAUGGAGCGCAGGUCAAGUUUGUGGGUGGCGGAUCUCAGAGCGUUUGCACGCUCAAUGUGAACGCCGCCCUUGCAUGGUUCACCAGUAAGUCUUCUCAAGUGGAGACGUUUACCUUCAGUGCACAUUCCUCUGCACAGUUGCAUACUGAAGUGUCUAACUCCAGUGUCCAGGUGGUCUGGAUGAAGAAUGGGAAGGAACUGAGAAUGGGUAGAAAAUAUGAUGCCACAAGCGUGGAACGCAAACGUAUACUUACAGUCCACAACGUUACCCACGAGGAUGUGGGCAUCUAUGAGUGCACGUGUGACGAAGAACCAGCUAAGUUUAUAAGCAAGCCACGUGCUCAUCCCCAGGAGAGAGAUGCUCUGAUGGGUGACGUGGUGUUGAGCUGUGAGGUCGCUUCUCCUGGAACCUCUGUUGUGUGGAAGAAAGAACAGAAAGAAAUAACAGAGGACAAGAGGACAACCUUUGUGUCUCAGGGGACACAAAGGAAGCUGGUCAUCAAGGGUGCCAAGCAGAGCGAUGAAGGCCACUACUCAUGUGAGACGGCAGAGGACAGGGUGACAUUCCAGGUCAAGAUAAAAGAAACUCAGGUUACUUUCACUAACAAAGACUCCUAUCAGAAGGAAGUGAAGGUUUCCACCUCCCAGAAAGCAACAUUGAGCUGUGAAAUUUCUGACAUCAAGACUGAAGUAAAGUGGUUCAAGGAUGGCAAGCAGUUGAGCUCUAGUAAGAGUGUCCACAUGGAGUCAAAGGGCAAGAGCCGUCAGCUGGUGCUGGAGAAUGUGGAGAAGAAGGAUGCUGGAGAAUACACUUGUGAAGUUGGAAAUGAGAAGCUGCUCUUUAGGAUUCAGGUGGAAGACAUUCAAGCUGCCUUCUCCAACAAGGACUCUUAUCAGAAAGAAGUCAAAGUAUCAGCUUCCCAGAAAGCCACACUGAGCUGUGAAGUUUCUGAGACCAAAACUGAGGUGAAAUGGUUCAAGGAUGGCAAGCAGUUGAGCUCCAGUAAGAGCAUCCACAUGGAGUCAAGGGGUAAGACUCGUCAGCUGGUGCUGGAGAAUGUGGAGAAGAAGGAUGCAGGAGAAUACACCUGUGAAGCUGGAAAUGAGAAACUGAUCUUUAAGAUUCAGGUAGCAGAAACUCAAGCUGCUUUUACCAAAAAGGACUCUUAUCAGAAUGAAGUCAAAGUUUCAGCUUCUCAGAAAGCCACACUGAGGUGCGAAGUUUCUGACGUCAAAACUGAGGUGAAAUGGUUCAAGGAUGGCAAGCAAUUGAGCCUCAGUAAGAGUGUCCACAUGGAGUCAAUGGGUAAGACUCGUCAGCUGGUGCUGGAGAAUGUGGAGAAGAAGGAUGCUGGAGAAUACACCUGUGAAGCUGAAAAUGAGAAACUGAUCUUUAAGAUUCAGGUAGCAGAAACUCAAGCUGCUUUCACCAACAAGGAUUCUUAUCAGAAGGAGGUCAAAGUAUCAGCUUUCCAGAAAGCCACACUGAGCUGCGAAGUUUCUGAUACCAAAACUGAGGUGAAAUGGUUCAAGGAUGGCAAGCAGUUGAGCUCCAGUAAGAGCAUCCACAUGGAGUCAAGGGGCAAGACACGUCAACUGGUGCUGGUCAAUGUGGAGAAGAAGGAUGCUGGAGAAUACACCUGUGAAGUUAAAAAUGAGAAGCUAGUCUUCAAGAUUCUGGUGGCAGAUGAUCAAGCUGCCUUCUCUAACAAGGAUUCCUAUCAAAAGGAGGUCAAGGUAUUAGCUUCCCAGAGAGCCAUACUGAGCUGUGAAGUUUCUGACAUCAAGACUGAAGUGAAAUGGCUCAAGGACGGCAAGCAGUUGAGCUCCAGUAAGAGUGUCCACAUGGAGUCAAAGGGCAAGAAUCGUCAGCUGGUGCUGGAGAAUGUGGAGAAGAAGGAUGCUGGAGAAUAUACCUGUGAGGCUGGAAAUGAGAAGCUAGUCUUUAAGAUGCUGUUGGAAGAGCCCAAAGCUGCCUUCACCAACAAGGACUCCUAUCAGAAGGAAGUGAAGGUUUCAAAGUCCAAGAAAGCCACACUUAGCUGUGACGUUUUUGACACAAACACUGAAGUAAAGUGGUUCAAGGAUGGCAAGCAGUUGAGCUCUAGUAAGAGUGUCCACAUGGAGUCAAAGGGCAAGAGCCGUCAGCUGGUGCUGGAGAAUGUGGAGACGAAGGAUGCUGGAGAAUAUACCUGUGAGGCAGGACAUGAGAAGCUGGUUUUUAAGAUUCAAGUAGAUGAUGUUGCUCCCAAAUUCCAGAAGACAUCAUUGACAAAAGAAACUGUGGUGGUUGAAACAGCAGAGAAGGUUGUUUUGAAAACCGAGGUGACUUUAGAGAGUUGUAAUGUUAAGUGGUUCAGGGAUGGAGUGGAACUGAAAGAAGGAUCCAAGUAUGAGAUGAAACAGGAAGGUCGCUCACGUGUCCUUGUCGUAAAAUCCUCCAAAUCCAUAGACAGUGGCACUUACUCUUGCCAGAUGGCUGAAGACAAGGUCGAGUUUACGGUUGAAGUCAAAGAAGCACCUUUGAAAUUUGUGGUGCCAUUACAGCCAUUGUCUGCAGUAUUAGAGAGCACUAUGACCCUUUCCUGCAGCCUCAACAAAGCCACAGGUAAUGUCCUUUGGAAGCAUAAUGGUAACGAAAUCAAACCUGGUGGCAGGUACAGCAUCCGCACCGAUGGCACCAGCUGCAUCUUGACUGUGUCUGUAGUGGCUCAGGAGGAUGAAGGGGAGUACAGCUGUGAAUGCAAAGAUGACAAGACCUCAACCAAAGUCACCACUAAAGCCCCACGUCUGGUGAGGUUCACUACCAAACUGAACAAUGUUGUUGCAAACGAAGGCAAAGAUGCCAUCUUCAAAUGCUCCAUCACGCCAAACGAUGUGAAUGUCAGAUGGCUGCGUAAUGACAUUCCCAUAACAGCCAGUCCCAAAUUUAAGAUCGCUCAUGGAGGAAGCAGCCACUCCCUCACCAUCACAUCUGUCACUCAAGAAAAUGCAGGAGAGAUCAGUAUUGAUGCUGAAGGGAAAGUUUGCAAAGCCACACUGCAAGUACAACAACUUCCUGUAACCUUCAAGAAGAAGCUUGCAGAUAUGACUGUGCAAGAGCAGGACACAGUUCGUUUGGAAGUUGAGCUCAGCAAACCUCCAACAUAUGUGAAAUGGAUGAAGAACGGUGUGGUACAACAGCCAGGAGGAAACCUGGAAAUCCAUGUGGAGGGUACCAAGCAAACUCUGGUCCUGAAGAGUGUGACAUAUGGUGACAGAGGACACUACUCCUGUGAAACCCUGGAUGACAAGACCCAGGCCAAACUGACCGUAGAGAUUAAGGAGGUCCAGGUGGUAAAAGGCCUGAAUGAGAUUAAAGUACAAGAAAAGGAGACUGUCACUAUGGAGGUGGAGCUGAGUAAGACUGACAUAGAAGGUUCCUGGAGUAAAGAUGGCAAGAAACUGAAAGCAGGACCCAAUAUUCUCAUUACAGCACUGGCAAAUAAGCAUUGCUUGACUAUGUCCCAGUUGAAGAUAAGUGAUGGUGGAGCUAUCACAUUCCAGGCCGAUGGUGUCCAUACAACUGGCAAACUCAUAGUUACAGAGCCUGCUGUGAAGAUCCUCAAACCUCUAAAAGAUAUCAGUGCUCCUGAAAAGGAGAAAGUAACUUUUGAAUGUGAGGUGUCAAGAGAAAAUGCUGAUGUCAAGUGGUUUAAGGAUGAUGAGGAACUGAAACCAGGAAAGAAAUUUGGCAUCCAUUCCCAGGGCAACAAGCACAGCCUCCUGAUCCAAAAGUGUGCCCAUGAGGACCAGGGCCAGUAUAUAUGCAGAACAACAGACGACAACACGUCAGCCAAGCUCACUGUUCAUGCCCAAGACAUUAAGAUUGUGAAGGCUCUUCAGGACGUAGAGGUGAUGGAGAAGGAGAGCGCAGCAUUUGUUUGUGAGGUCUCUUACGGUGAAGUAGAGGCUCAGUGGCACAAAGGAGACACCAAGCUCAAAGCCGGAGACAACAUCAAGAUGAGGCAGGAGGGUAGAACAUACGUUUUGCUUUUCAAAUCCGUGAAAGCUGAGGAUGCAGGUGAAGUCAAGUUCACAGCUGACAAGGCGACAUCAACUGCUAAGCUGAAGGUUAAAGAACAAGUUCUCGGUAUAGUUCAGGAGCUGAGUUCUGUGGAGGUUAUGGAGCCAUUUGCUGCUCACUUUGAAGUAGAAGUCAGCGUGGAGACAGUCAAGCCAGUGAAGUGGACUCUGAAUGGGGAACAACUGAAAGAGAGUGCAGAUAUCGAAAUGGAGAAAGAGGGGACCAUGCACCGCCUCACAUUUAAGAAGACCAAAGCCUCUAUGUCAGGCCCUGUACAGUUCACUGCCGGAAAGAGCAAAUCUACGGCUGAACUUAAAGUGAAAGAGCGUCCAAUUGAAGUACUAGAGCCACUGAAGAAUGUCACAGCCAAGGAGAAGACCUCCACGACACUGUGCUGCAAGUUCUCCACCCCACCAAAAGAAGUGUGCUGGUUUAAGGGGCAAACUGUUUUGGAGCCUUCCAGCAAGUACAGCAUGAAGCAAAAGGACACCAGCGUGCAGCUGACCAUCCAGGUUCUUAACGCAGAGGACUCUGGGGAGUAUCGCUGCCAGGUUGGAGUCUGUGAGAGCAAAGCCAACCUCAAAGUAGAAGAACGUAAAAUCCUGAUCACUAAACAUCUGGAAGAUGUGGAGGUAAAUGAAGACAGUGAUGCUUUGUUCACCUGUGAAGUUAACUAUGAUGAUGAAGAGGUCCAGUGGAUGCUUAAUGACAAGCCGCUUUUCAACAAUGAGGUCAAUGCCAUCACUCAUGCAGAUAAGACCCAUACACUUACCCUCAAGAAUCUGACCCCUGAGGAUGGUGGGAAGGUCUCAUUCAGCAUUAGGGAUGUAAGAGAAACAGUCUGCUUGAGUGUCAAAGAGAAGAAGGCUGUCUUCCUGAAGUUGCUGGAUGAUGUGGUGGCAGAGGUGAAUGGCACAGUUACCCUAAAUUGUGAAGCCUCAAAGCCAAGGGUGGCCCCUGUGUGGCACAAAGAUGGUACUGUCCUGGCAACAGGCAAAAAGUAUGAGCUCCUGCAUGAUGGCAAGUCCUUGGGACUAACUAUCCAUGACAUCACACAAGCUGACGCUGGGGAGUACAGCUGCGAUCUUGGCACAGACCUCGCCAAGUCCAAGGUCACUGUUAGAGACAUCCACAUUGGGAUCACCAAGCGUCUUAAAUCUGUAGAAGCCAAGGCAGGUGAAAACUGUACAUUUGAGUGUAUCUUGUCCCGGGAAAGCAUACCCGAGUGUGUCUGGACCCUCAAAGGCCAGCCUGUCACUGCUGGAGGCCGCUUUCAGAUAAGCAGCAAAGGGCGCAAGUAUACAUUAACAAUCAAAGGUGUCUCGGCUUCUGACUCUGGUGAGGUCGUCUUCUCUCACAAGGACAUGAGCUCAAAGACAACUCUGUCUGUUGAGGGUGAAGCUCCUACCCUUUCCAAAGAGCUUCAAGAUGUCAGUGCUAAAGUUAGUGAAGACGCCACAUUCUCCUGUGAGCUUUCUCAAGCUGGACUGGAUGUGAAGGAUGGCAAAUCUAUCAGGAAGAGCCAGAAAUACGAAAUCAGCCAGGAACAGACACUUGUGAAGCUAACUGUCCAUAAUGUCACUGAAAAAGCCGUUGGAGAAAACAGUUGUGAAGUAACUGGUGGUUCAACCUCAAAGUCUAAUCUGGAGAUCAAAGAACUUGCAAACAAAUUCAUUCGUGAGCUAAAGGAUGCCACUGCAGAAGAGAAAGGUGCUGUCUCCUUUGAAUGUGAGACUGCUCAACCUGUCUCUAAAUUCACCUGGAUGAAAGGUAUGAACGAGAUCAAGGCAGGAGGAAGGUAUGAGUUGACACAGAAGGGAACCAUCCUCAUCCUCAUAGUGAAGGAUCUGGAGAAGAAUGACAGUGCGGUAUACACCUGUGACAUUGGCUCUACGAGUAGUACAGCAAAGUUGACGGUGAAAGUGCUACCUGCCAAGUUCAAAGAACAGUUGAAAAACCAGCAGGUUAUAGAGGGAGGGACAGUCUUACUUUCCUGUGAACUUUCAAAACCUAGCUGCCAGAUGCAAUGGAAGAAGGGAUCAGAAAGUCUUAAAUCUGGAGGGAGAUAUCAGAUGAUGCAGAAAAAGACCACAUUUGAGCUACAGAUCUCAGACUUAGUGGCUGAGGAUAGUGCAGAAUAUUCCUGUAAAUGUGGAGAACAGAGAACAACAGAAAACAUCAUUGUCAAUGCAUUACCAGUGGUCUUCAAGCGUGAGAUACAUAGCCAUGAGUGUGAAGAAGGAGACAGUGUUACAUUGCACUGUGAACUGUCGAAAACUGGAAUUCCUGUUGUUUGGAAGAAAGGAACACAAGCAAUCCAUUCUGGGGAGAAGUUCCUCAUCAAGCAACUUGGACCAACUGUUGAGCUGAAGAUCACCAAUCUCAAGCCUGAGGAUGCUGGACAAUACACAUCAUUACCACUGAUCUUCAAAAGGGAACUGCAGAACCAGGAGUGUAAAGAGGGGGACAGUUUAACUCUUCAUUGUGAGCUCUUCAAACCAGGAGUUCCAGUGGUUUGGAGAAAAGGAACACAAGUGAUUCAUUCUGGAGAAAAAUACCACGCUGAGCAAGUUGGAUGUACUUUAGAGUUGAACAUCACUAAUCUUAAACCUGAGGAUACUGGAGUCUAUAGUUGUGAUUGUGGCUUUAACAAGACUUUAGCUACCAUUAAAGUCAAUGCAUUGCCAGUAGUCUUCACACAUGAUCUGCAGAACCUGGAGCGUGAUGAAGGAGGCAGUGCUACUCUGUCCUGUGUGCUUUCCAAAGCUGGUGUCCCGGUGCAAUGGAAAAAAGGAAACCAGGUUAUCCAGUCUGGAGGGAGGUACAUUAUCAAGCAGACUGCCUUAAAGGUGGAACUGAAAAUCACUGAGCUCAAAGUUGAAGAUGAAGGAGACUACACAUGUGUAUGUGGGGACAAGAAAACCACAGCCAAUAUUAAGAUCAAGGCUGCAAAGUUCUCAACUCUUUCUAUUGCCCCUGAAAGAAACUUUCAGAAGCAGCAGAGAGAGCAGCAGGAAGACCUCCGUGUUCCUCCAGUUAAGUUUACCCAAGAACUGUUAAGCCAAGCAUGUGAUGAAGAUGGCAGUGUUACUCUCCACUGCGAACUCUCGAAACCCGAGGCUCCUGUGGAAUGGAGGAAAGGAGCACAAGUGAUCCAUUCUGGAGGAAAUUAUCUCAUCAACCCAGUUGAAUCUACUGUUGAACUUAAGAUCAAUGACCUCAAACCUGAAGAUGCUGGAGUCUAUGUUUGUGAUUGUGGAGACAACAUGACCACAGCUAAUAUAAAAGUCAAUGCAUUACCGGUGGUCUUCAAACAUGAGCUGCAGAACCAAGAGUUUCAAGAGGGGGACAGUGUUACUUUGCACUGUGAACUCUCAAAACCUGGAGAUCCUGUGGUUUGGAGGAAAGGAACACAGAUGAUCCAUUCGGAAGGAAAGUUCCUCAUAAAGCAAGUUGGGUCUACUGUUGAGCUGAAGAUCACUGAUCUCAAACCUGAAGAUGCAGGAGACUAUGUUUGUGAUUGUGGAGACAACGUGACAACCGCCAACAUCAAGGUUAAUGCAAUCCCAGUGCUAUCAUUUGCAAAGGAGCUGACAAGCCAAGAAGUCACAGAAGGGGAAGAUGCCUCAUUAAGUUGUGAGAUCUCCCUCCCUGAUGACAAUGUGAAAUGGAAGAAGGGUACACAGGUCCUAUCUAAUGGAAAGAAGUAUUUCAUAAAGAGAGAUGGCACAAUCCAAACCUUGGUAGUCCAUAAGCUAUCAGUAGAGGAUGGUGGGGAGUACAUAUGUGAAGCAGGAGACAAACAAAGCAAAUCCACACUGACCGUUAAAGAAUGUGUGAAAAUCACACGAGAAUUAAAAGAUGUGACUGUGAUAAAGAGUGAGGAUGCUAUCUUCCAGUGUGAGGUGUCCCAUAGAGGGGUUACGAAUGUUGAGUGGUGGCUCGGCUCCAACCAACUUCAAAACAAUGACUUGAAUCAAAUCAGCUGCCAAGGGAGAGAACACAGCCUAGUGCUGAAAAUGGUCUCAUCAGAUGAUUCAGGUGAUGUAGCCUUUGUGGUUGGCCAUGAGAAGAGCAUUGCUUACUUGGUGGUGCAGGAGAAACCCAAAGGGCUACCUGCAUUCUUCUGCAAGGAAUUAGACAACCAGAAGGCAAUUGAGGGAGAUAGCAUCACCUUGCGCUAUCCCAAUGUUGAGGUGGUCAGUGCCAUGGAGGACCAACAUGUAGCAGAGAACCAGCCUGCAGAGUUCAUCUGUCAGUAUUCCAGGCCAGUUAAGGCUGUAAGGAUGUCACAGGCGAAGCCCAUUGACAUUCUCCAAGAGCUAAGUAACAUAGAAACCAUUAAUGGUGGGGAAGCCCUUUUUGAAUGCUCCUUGUCUCGUCCUGAAACUAAAGAAUGCCGCUGGCUAAUCGAUGGCAAGCCUCUGAAGGAGUCUGCAAAUGUGGAGAUAGUUUCCUUUGAGAGUGGCCGGCGGCAUCUUCUGCUAUUAAAGGACCUACAUCCUUGUGAAAACACAAGGGUUACGUUCCAAGUUGCCUGGCAACUGGAAGUGGUUAAGCCUUUAGAAGAUAAGACAGCUAUUGCAGGAGAGCAAGUGGAGUUCACUUGCAUUUUGAAUGAAGCUGUGCCAGAAAGUGAGGUGACAUGGUAUGCCAACGGUGUUGAAAUUCAACGAGAUGACCACUGGGUCAUAAGAACCAGUGGCUCUACAUACAGCCUCAUUUUGAAGAAAGCCAAGGCUCAGCCUACACAGGAAAUCACUUUUGCAGCUCGGAAUGCCUUAUCAGUGGCCAAACUCAUGACAAUUACUGUGCCAGAUCCCCCAGAAGACCCAGAGCUAGUCAGUAAAGGAACAAUGUUUGUCACCCUGUCUUGGUUCACUCCUCUCAAUGAUGGGGGAAGCCCAAUCCUGGGUUACCGUGUGGAAAUGCGUCUAGUGGAUAGUGUCCUCUGGCUGCCCUGCCACACAGAACCAGUGGGUAAUACUGAGUUUUUGGUGGAGAACCUCAUCCCUGGGGCAGGUUACAGGUUCCGAGUGGCAGCCAUUAACAGGGCUGGCAUUGGAGAGCCUGUCCAGCUGCCACAAACCAUAAUGCUCGAAGUACCAGUGACCGUGACCAAAACAUUAUGCUGCUCUGAGCUCAAAAAAGGAAAGAUGGUGCAUUUGGAAUGUGAGCUUUCUGCCGAGAGUAAAUCAGUCACAUGGCUGAAGGACAAAAGAGAGAUAGAGAUUGGAGUCAAGUACCAAGUAGUAACAGAGGGCAAGAGCCAAGUUUUGCUCAUAAAAGAUUUCCAGUCUACAGACCAGGGUGUCUAUUCUUGUGUAGCCUCAGAGGAGGCAAAGACCUCUGUAAGCCUCAUCCUUGAAGGAGAUGACACAACACUUUCUCAGGACGUGGGCAGCCAGCCCAAAUUGCCUCCUGAGGCUGCCUCUGAAGGAGAUUUACAUGCUCUGUGGGAGGCAGUGGCCAAGAAGCGAAGAAUGAGCCGGGAGCCUACAUUAGAUUCAAUCUCAGAGUUGCCAGAAGAAGAUGGAAAAGAAAAGGUGCAAAGCACAGAGGGCAAAGUACAUGAAAAGGAAAUUAAAGAUAAAGAGAGACCUGUUGAGCCAGCUUCUAAAAUCAGAGCAGAGCCUCAUCAAUACAACAGUUCUGAUGAAGAAUCUCUCAGUGGGACAAGUCUGGUGUCUUACCUUAAGAAAAGCAACAAGUCCUCCCUAACUGUGGAAAGUCAAGCUGAGACCAUCGCCACAAAGAAGCUGUUUGAGCACUUUCAGAUGACUGAACAUUCAGUUACAAAGACAGCUGUGGAGCCUCUUAUGGAGGCUAACAAAGGAGAUGACUUGCUGGAGGCUGCUGUCAAGAUUCAGGCAGCCUUCAAAUGUAAUAAGGCCAGGAAGGAUAUGCGACCAGUUUUCAAAGAAGUAUUCAAGGAUCAGACUAAGGAGCCCAAUGGGACAAUUCAUCUGGAGUGCAUUGUGGAAGGAAAGCCAGAGAAAGUUUGCUGGCUGAAGGAUGGUGAAUCAUUAUCAGAUGGCAAGCACCACCAUAUUGACAUCUACAAUGAUGGCACCUGCUCUCUUUUGGUGACUGCUGCCACAACCAAAGAUACAGGUAUCUAUACUUGUGAGGUCACAAAUAAGUUUGGCAUUACCACCCAUAGUGGGAAAGUCACUGUAGGGUCACUGCGAGAAUCAUCUGGAAGACGACCUCUUACUCUGGGUUACAGUGCAGAUAGUGAAGCUGAGAGUUCCUCUGGAAGUGAGUUGGAUGAGUCUGUGCGACAAGCAAAAAAGAGAUUACGACGACUCCUGCGUACUCGCCUUCCUCCAGAUCUACAGGAGGAAACUUUUGUGAGUGCCGAUGAAGGUGAUUUACCUCCACCAAAUUUACAAUCAUACCGAGAAGAAGAUCUUUAUAUCUACAUUCGCUUUGAUGACCAUGCUGAAGCCCAGGUGGCUUCCGAGCGCUUCCAGGAAAUGUUUACCCAUCAAGGAGUACCCAUCGAAACUGCCAUCAUAGAAGCAGGUGCUAAGGUAGAACUACGUAUCACGAAGAUGGGCUUCUCCCAAGACGGCUCCCAAACCCCAACUCAGGACAGACCGAUGACCGGUUUCCUGACAGGAGUCCCUGCGGCCCCUGUCUUCCUGAUGGAGCUCCGUAGCCAGGACGUUCAUGAUGGAUUUCCUGUUAGCUUUGACUGUGUGAUCAUCGGCACGCCCCAUCCUAAUGUGUGUUGGUUCAAGGAUGGGAAGCUGCUGGAGGAGAAUGACCACUAUAUGAUCAAUGAAGACCUAGAGGGCCGUCACCAGCUGAUCAUUACAGCUGUGCUCCCCACAGAUAUGGGGGUGUACCGAUGCAUGGCAGAAAAUGACAGUGGCAUCACCUCCAGCAAGGCUGAGCUGAGGGUGGACAUGUCGUGUAGCUCAGACUAUGAUACAGCAGCUGAUGUCACAGAGACAUCCUCCUUUGUCAGUGCUAAAGACUAUGCAUCUAGCUCAGAGCUCAGGGACACAGAGGCCUUUGAAUCAGUGGCUGAGGAUGAACAGCUUCCUCAGGUUGUGAAUGAGUUACAUGAUCUUUUCCUUAGUCCUGGAGCACCCAUUGCCAAGAUGAGUGUUAAGGUCAAAGGAUUUCCCUCACCGAGGCUUUACUGGUUCAAAGAUGGGACUCCACUUCAAGCCUCCAGUAGACUUUUAUUGACGACUGAGCAAGAUAUGCACAGUCUUGAGAUUUUGGAUGUGAACCGAGAAGAUACCGGAGAGUACUCAGCAUUCAUUAGCAACAUUGCUGGCUCUGCCUACUCUUCAGCACGAUUGAAUGUAUUGGGUCCAGGAGAGCACCCAGUCCAUGGCCAGAGAAGAAUGAGAGAUUCAAAGGUGCCACUUGUGCCACCACGCUUCCUGGAGAGGUUCAGCAACAGGAGGGUGAAACAGGGAGCAAGUAUAACGCUGUCAGUCAAAGUGGAAGGUUCCCCAACCCCAUCUGUGAACUGGUUAAAGGAGGUGUCAGAUAAGGACGUUUUGUGGAUCAAGGCAGACACACCAGGCUACAAGGUGGCCAGCUCUGGCUGUCAGCAUAGUCUAAUUCUCAUGGAAGUGGGAAAAGAACAUAGUGGCAUGUACACCUGUAUCAGCACUAACCGAGCUGGACAGUCAGUCAACACAGCCCGACUGGACGUGGAGUCUGCACAAAAGUGUGAAAUUGGGCCGGAUGUUCUUGGCAUUAAUAUCAGCCCACCAGAAGAAGAGGGCAAAGGAGAGGUCAAACUACCUUACAUGGGUGAAGUGGGUACAGAGGAAUUCUUACAAAAGCUCACAACUCAAAUCACGGAAAUGGUAUCUGCGAAGAUCACUCAAGCUUCAUUACGUGUCCCCGGAGCUGACAGUGAUGAUGAAUCAAAAACACCAUCACCAUCUCCAUAUCAUGGCAGAUCACGCCCCCCAUCUCUAAUCGUCGACUCAUCAUCCGAGUCUGAUGAAGGAGAUGCCAGAGGAGAGAUGUUUGAUAUCUACGUUGCGAUGGCUGACUACAACUCCAUGGGUGUCAGUAAAGAGACCAUUGCUUUGAAAGAGGGCCAGUAUGUUGAAGUUCUGGAUUCGGCCCACCCACUUAAAUGGCUGGUCCGCACCAAGCCCACCAAAUCCACACCAUCUCGCCAGGGUUGGGUCUCACCUGCAUAUCUUGACAAGAGGCUUAAGCUGUCCGCAGAUACAGCAGAUCUCCCAGAAUCCACCAGAGAGGAAGUCACUGAGACAGAAUACAAGAAGAAGCUCUGUCAACUCGUCCAGGAGCUGAUCAGCACAGAGUCUAUGUUUCUGAAGGAGAUUGAGUUCUUCACAUCACAUCAUCUGAAGCGUGUGGACGAGGAGAGCACACCGCCUGAUAUAGCCAGCCAAAAGGAAGCAAUCUUCCGUAACAUUGAUGAUUUGAAAUCUUUCCACAGCAGCUCUCUGCUGCCUGGUCUACAUGAGUGUGAUACAGAUGAUGACGUUGCCAUGCAUUUCCUGAGGAAUUCUGAGGGUUUCGAGAAAUAUCUGCAGUACCUCAUUAGACAGGCCCAAGCUGAGUCAGCCAUCAGUGAGAAGGCAGUGCACCAAUACUUCAAGGAUUAUACAGAAUCUGAGUUGGCAAAUGUGGAUCCCUCAGAAGGUCUUGUGCUGAGUAUUAACACUUAUCUUCAAAGACCACUGGAGAGAAUACAAAAAUACAGGGCAUUACUGAAGGACAUGAUCCGAAACAAAGCAAAAAAUGGUCAGAACUGCUGUUUGUUGGAGCAGGCCUAUGCCAUGGUGUCGUCCCUCUCCCAGCGCUCCGAGAACACACACCACUUGUCUCUCAUUGAGAACUACCCCGCCAAUCUGGAGGCACUGGGAGAACCUAUUAGACAGGGCCCUUUCACUGUUUGGGAAGGUGCUCCUGGGGUUCGAACCUCUUCCAGGGGUCACCAUCGCCACGUUUUCCUCUUCAGAAAUCAUGUGGUCAUAUGCAAGCAGAAGAGGGACACAAAUACAGAUAGCCAAGCAUAUGUCUUCAAAAAUAUGAUGAAGCUCACAAACAUUGAUGUAAAUGAGACCGUUGAGGGAGAUGAGAGAGCGUUUGAGAUCUGGCAUGAAUGUGAGGACUCUGUGAGAAAAUACACACUGCAGGCGCGGACUGUUAUCAUUAAGAAUUCAUGGCUCCGAGACCUUCGUGAACUUCAGCAACGCUUCAGCGUGCCUGCAUGGAGCCCCCCCGAUUUUGACACAGUAUUAACAGAUUGUACAGCAGAGCUUGGACAGACAGUUAAACUCGCCUGUAGUGUCACUGGAGCACCCAAACCUCAGGUCACCUGGUACAAAGACGGACGCGCCGUAGAAGCGGAUCCUCAUCAUAUCAUUAUUGAGGACCCAGACGGCUCCUGCACGCUCAUUUUGGACAACAUGACUGCCGAUGACUCAGGCCAGUACAUGUGCUUUGCCACCAGCUCUGCGGGCAACGCAAGCACACUGGGCAAAGUCACUGUGCAGGUGCCUCCACGCUUUGUGAAUAAGUUCCGGAACGCCACCCUGUUUCCAGGAGAGGACGCUCAGUUCACUUGCACCAUUCAAAGUGCACCAAGUCCCAAGAUCAGAUGGUUUAAGGAUGGUAAACUACUGACAGACCAGGAGAAGUAUCAGACAUACAGUGAAUCACGCAGUGGAGUGCUGGUUCUAGUUAUCAAGAACCCUGGAGAAAGAGACCUGGGGCAAUAUGAUUGUGAGCUGUCGAACCGUCUGGGCAGUGCCAGGUGUGCCGCACAGCUGAUCACUCCUGCUGUGGCAGUGUUAGGAGAACGGAGAGCGGGUCAGGCCAUCACCAUAGAAGAUUGA